AAAAAUCUUUACUGAAAUAGGUUCCUCGGGCUUCUGCUAGUGCUGUGGCAUUUGGUAUUGGGCUCUUUGAAGGGAAAGGUAGUCUUGGAACAGGAAAGCAUCGUGCUUUUUCCGUAAUCAGUGAGAGCCGUGCUAGUGAUAUAUUGCUGAGGUUUCAUGAUUGUUGUGAAAGUUAUAAGGUCUGCAUAUUCUUCACUCAGAUUAUGGAAUUUUGAGAAGAUAUAUGGAUGAUACUCUCCUUGCUUUUGGCAUACAGGAAAAGUCAGGAGCCAGCUGUUGACAAGCUUAAGGAAGCUACCAUGGAUGAAAUUACAUCUGCAUUAGUGAGUCGCUAUGAGCUGAAUUUCACAAGACAGGACACUGCUUCGCUCUGGUUUCUGUGCAAGCAGGAGGCAUCAUUAUUGGACAUAACUGACCGAGCUUGCAGCAUUUUCAGCCCUUUUGAGCACUGGUCAUCACCAUUAUCUAUCAUCCUGUCAGAUGUAUGUCCCCCAGGAGAAAUGGCAUAUUUCCGCAUGGAUGGCUGUUAAAACUAGGGAGAAGGUUGCAAGCGCUGUUUUCCUGAUGACUGCAAGGAUUCCAGAUGCGGAGUUCUCACAUCAGAUGGACUAUCCUCAUCUGGGAAUUUGCUAGUCAAUAAUGUUUUGCCAUUCUUGCAGUGUGGAGUACCAGCUAUGUUAGAAAUUGUAGUGUUAAAUAGAAAUUGUCGAUCUGCUCCUGCUUAAAAAAAAACUGAUUACCUCAAUCUCCUCUUGGAACCCAUCUUAAUGAAACUCCAGCAAAAACCACCAAAAGCAAUGAACAGAUAUGAUCAGAAGUAUUCAGUGAAAUCAUAUUACAAAAACUCAAAUCCUUUUCUGACACCGAUUGGCCAUAGUACUUUUAGAUCUCAACAAAAGUAUUAAAAAUUUGAGAAAAGAAAAAAACCUUAUCUUUUAAGGAUGGAGCAUGAUAGGCUGCAUCCAGUUUGAGACCCCUGAGCAAUGCGCAUCUGGAGGUGGUUAAUGAUUUUUUUUUUUUUGGGAUCCCCAUGUAAUGACCAGCUAGACAAUUGUUAAGAUGGAUCUUCCUCUCAUUAACACUCAGAUUUUGAACAUUUAUCAUACUUGUUAUAAUCCUAGAAACCUGUAAUCAAAACAGAGAAACAGAGAAACAGAGGAAAGAAGAGAAGAAGAAAAGAGGAGAGACGAGAGAGAGGUGCAAUCGAAAGAGACUCCCAAAAGAGAGGAGUGACUUACGAUCAGACUAGAAUAGAAUGAUCGCAGGUUAUGCCUCAAAACUUAUAUUAAAUGGUGCUGAAGAAAAGUACAAAAAUACCCCCAUAAAGAAGAAAAACCUAAUCACAGAGAUAUGGGGCCGAUAGGACAUAAAUGCCCCUAUCGGCCCUGUCGCUGUUUAGGAUUCGCGCCUAGCGCUAAACUCAACAAUACUGAACUUGCCGAAGAUUUUCAUCCCCACCCAGUAAUCCUCAUAGAAGAUCUCCAUGGUCAUUUAUCAUCUACUUUAGUCAAGCACUCCAUGGGUUUUGGUAACAACCCUACCUUGAUUAAUUUGAGCAGAUGAAACUGAUGGUUACCCAGUGAUGUUCUUCAGACCUAUUGGACAAUCUAUAUACUAAAUAGA